CUGGACCACUUGUAGAGUAGUCUACCCUAAAACGGCAUUCAUGUUAAUGUUAUUCAUCCAUGAUCCAUGUGUGUGCUUGGAGUUGGAGCUCAAAUAAAUGAAUAAUAAUGAAUUUAAAACCCCUCCAAGAGGAAUGGUGAAAUGCCGUUAGACGCCCUAAUUCCCGCUUAAUCCUGAAACUCUCAUUUUAAACUAAAAAGAAAAAGAAAAAAAGAAAAUCCCUCCAAGUAAAAUAAAAAAACCCUCCAUCUAGAUCUCAAAAAAAAAAAACAAAACAAAACACUCGGCGCUCCUCGACAAUUUUCAAAUUCGUAACCCCGCCAAUUCAUUCACCGUCUCCCUCCUUCACUCUCUCUUUCUUAUAUCUCAUCUCAACGGUCUCUCUCUCUCAUCUUCACUCCCUGUUCGAUUCGAUUCAACCUCCUCCUCCCUCCGCCGUCGAAUCCAUGGCCGCCGCAGCACCGCCGUCAGAUCCCGCCGCCGCAUCUUCCAAGCACCACACCUACAAUCGCAAGCAAAAAUCCCUCGGCCUCUUAUGCACCAAUUUCUUGAGCUUGUACAAUCGAGACAAUAUCCACUUGAUCGGUCUCGACGACGCCGCUUCCAGAUUAGGGGUUGAGAGAAGACGGAUCUACGAUAUAGUCAACGUUUUGGAGAGCAUUGGAGUUCUCUCAAGAAAAGCCAAGAAUCAAUACACCUGGAAAGGCUUUCGCGCAAUUCCCCUCGCUUUGCAGGAGCUCAAGGAUGAGGGUUUAAGGGAGAAAUCUAGUGACUUUGAUGGUGGUAAUGACUCUGGAAAAGUGUCAGAUGAUGAGGAUGACGAGGAAGGAUUUGGGAACCCCAGUACUGGAAGUCAGAAUGAGAAGUCGAUGUCCAAUUCCACUCUUCCCAGAUCUAUGAAAAAUGAUAACCGAAGGGAAAAGUCUCUGGCCCUGCUCACUCAGAAUUUUGUGAAGCUCUUCCUCUGCUCCAACGUGGAAAUGAUCUCCCUUGAUGAUGCGGCGAAAUUGCUUCUUGGGGAUGCCCAUAAUACAUCAAUAAUGAGAACGAAAGUUAGGCGCCUAUAUGAUAUUGCAAAUGUGCUAUCUUCCAUGAGCCUUAUUGAGAAGACACAUACAAAGGACACAAGAAAACCAGCAUUCAGGUGGCUGGGUUUGAAAGGGAGGACAGGGAAUGAAUCAAUUAGCACUUCAAAUCUCAACGAGUCUAGGAAAAGGGCAUUUGGAACUGAUGUCACAAACAUCAGCUUUGCUAGGAAUAGAACAGAUUUAUUCAUGAAUGGAGACUUCGGCCAGAACUCUAAGAAGCAAAAAAUUCUGGAAAAUGAUGGUGUCCUUAGUCAGGCAGAUAAAAGCAAUUUACAACAAGACACCAAACAGACUUAUCAGUUUGGUCCUUUCGCUCCAGCCUACGUAUCCAAAGCUGGAAACUCUGAGAACAGUAAUGUGAAGCAAGUGCAUGACUGGGAGAGUCUGGCAACUGCACACUGCCCUCGGUAUCAAAACCAAGCUUUAAAAGAACUUUUCUCCCAUUACAUGGAAGCAUGGAGAUCGUGGUACUCUGAAGUUGCUGGGAAGAGAUCAAUACAAACUUUGUAGCUUAACUCCAGCAAAGUGAAAUAGUAUUCUUUUCUGAUGGAUGCAUUUUCUCCAUGCGACAGCUUUAAUCACUUCAGCUCUAAGCUACCAUUCACGGAUUUUUUCACCGUGAUGCUUGGCCUAUAUCAGCUUAGGCACUUGUUGCACAUUCUUGUAUUACCUAUAUUUAUGAUAGAGUUUAGUUUCAACCCUUUAUUCAAAGUGAAAUUUAGUGGUUAAUUCCAGUAAUAAAAUUCAAGUGAUGUUUUUCUA